UGGAGUAACAGUUUCUUUCCAGCUGGAGACUGGGGGAGAGGGGUGGCCCCAGGAGUGACAGCAGCAUAAAUUCCUUCCUGUUCAAAGCCACUCUGGCAAAGAUGGACUAUGCCAAGAAGUCUCUGGGCCUGCUCUCUCCACGGUCUCUUUCCAAGUGUGUCUCUGCCAGUGCCUCCAUGACCCACCAGCUACUAGCCACUCCUACUCCCCGUGCCCGGCCUUACCGGGUGAGCAAUUGGGAGCGUACCGUGCGCAAGGGGAUUAUGGCUGACAGCCUGGAGGACCUCCUUGAGAAAGUACGUAGCGCCUUGCUCUUGGUGGGUACCAUAUCAAUUGUCAUAGAUGAGGAUGGCACCAGCGUGGAAACAGAAGAGUUCUUCCAGACACUAGAGGAAGGCACUGUGUUGCUAGUGUUAACCAAGGGUCAGGUCUGGCGCCCGGCCAAGUCGGCUGGCUACCAGCUGUCACUAUCCCACAGGCCCCGGCACAGGAUUGAUGUGGCUUGUGUAACCUUUGACCUCUACAAGACCAAUCCUCAGGACUUCAUUGGCUGCUUGAAUGUCAAAGCUACCCUCUAUGGCACGUACAGUAUGUCCUACGAUGUGCGGUGCUAUGGGGCCAAAAGGAUAAUGAAGGAAGCUCUACGCUGGACACUCUUCACCAUGCAAGCUACGGGCCAUGUGCUGCUUGGCACUUCCUGUUACAUGCAGCAGUUGCUGGAUGCCAGUGAAGAGCAGAAAGAAGCCUCCUCCUCAGCUCUGCAUAGCCUCUGCUCUCCUCCCACCAGGAAGAUGCUGCACUGAAGGUGGUUCCUUCCUGUUAUUUAUGCUCUGUAUUGACAGCUGUUGGCUGAUAUACCAGCUCCUGCUAUGGAGUAAGGUGAAAUAGCGGCAUCAGCACUCUUAUGCUCCAUGUGGCCAUAAACACAGUUGGGAGAAAAGUUGCUGGGAACACAACACAGGGUGUCAGAUUUCUUCUUCAUGCAUCUGGUUGCUCAGAUGUAUUGUGCGGUGGAAAUGUGCAAUUUCAGUGUGCCAAGAAGCACUGCUUAUUAUUACUUGGACGGCCUAGGAAACUUGCCUAGACUUUUUUUCAAAAAAAGAAGAGACUGUCUGUUAUGGAUGCGUUACUUGCCUGGUGUCCCGCCUUGAUGAGUAUUGUAUUGUGAAUACAUAAUAUUAAAUACUGUUUCUUAAAUCAUGACCUCCCCCCCUUUUACUCUUAAGCAGAAAGAAAAAGCAUCAACUUAAUGCUGGUCAAGGAAUGUGCCAGUUGGCAGACACUCCAAGAAGUCAAGAUUGCUCUUGUGCAAGCAACUGCUUUUCUAAACUUCAUUAGGGAGGAGGGUCAUUUAUUCGGAGGUAAUACUACCUCUACCCUUCCUCUAUGAGUGGACUCUGGGGGGUGGGGAAGAGUUUCUAUUUAAGCUGCACGAUUUCAGUCUUCCUAUCCAUUAUCUGCUCUAACAUGGAGACAGGGGUAAGCAGAAAAUAAUUACAUUGGUCCUGUAUUGCAGUAUUACACCACUGCAUUGCUGAAAUUCAGGGCAGCCUUAUUGGUUAACACUUCCUUCUAGGUCGAAGAUCACAGCCUCAGCAACUCUUUCCUCCACCCCCAACUAUAUUAGACAUUUAUGAAGGCUGCCCUUGGCCUGUUGCAUGCACUUCCUCUGCAACAGACUGACCUAUGUUGACUGCAUGCUUUAGGGAGCUCACCCAAACACUGAAUAUAUUGUAUUUGGACCUAGAAGGAAGUGUUAACCAAUAAGAGAACACAAGUUGAACCUAGGUAUUUCAUCUUGUGUGUUUCGACUGUUAGAGCCAAGCUACAAGUGACAUCUUACCCAGGUUGGAUACUUGUCAGUUUACCUCAAGUUUUGA